AUGUCAAAACAUGGCGCUGUUUACUGUUGUGCUGUCGCUGUCGAAGCGCUCGUCAAGCUGUUUAAUCCCAGGGCGGUGACAAACACUGUCAAAACGCUGUUUCAGGCUCUCUUGGGCGACAUGGACAAGGUGCUGAGGCAGAACCUGGGCGCCGACGGCCCGGGCUUGCUGAACCUCAUGAAGGAAGAUGCGAAGACGACGAGACAGAGAGACGCGAUCAAAGCAAGCAUCAAGACACUCGAAGAUAGGGCGAAGCUCCUGGUUUCGGUGGCACCGUGA